CUUUUAGAUCGAGAAGCCCCAUGCUUCUUGAAAUCUUUCUACAGUACUACUGUGAAACGCCUUGGUUUUCAGAAAUUGUAGAAAUCCGAAGGACAACAGGUUACUGUUCUUGCAUAUUAUAUGGCCAGGAACCACAGUUUUGGGAUCUCCUGUUGUCGUUCUGUAAAUUCAGUAAUGUCCAUGUUUUUUUUGUCAUUGUGCAAUUUUCACACAGGUAAUUCAGAUUCUUAUGCGAAAAGAAAAGCAGUGCUUAAUUUAUGGCUUCUCUCUUUUUGCGCAAUCUCAGGGAUUUUGGGGCAGCUUGAUGAUGGAGUUCAGAGCAAGCCUUUUCACCGCGGCGAUGCUCGCCAUUGCCGUGCUCUCGUCCCCAGCAUUCGCGGUGCAGAAGGCCACGAGCCCCCCUGCUCCGCCGGCGGACAUCCUCCCGCCGUCCCCAGCUCCGGCGCCUGCGCCGGGCCACGUGGACCUGGCCGACCUCCUGAGUGUUGCCGGCCCAUUCAGCACCUUCCUGGAGUACCUGAAGAAGACGGACGUCCUGGAGACCUUCCAGAGCAAGGCGAACGACACCAAGGAGGGGAUUACCAUGUUUGUGCCCAAGAACUCGGCGUUCGCGGCGCUUCGGACCACGACGUUCGCCAACCUCACCGGCGACCAGCUGAAGUCGCUGAUCCUUUACCACGCGCUGCCCAAGUACUACUCCCUGGCCGAGUUCAACAAGCUGAGCAGCCUCAACCCGGUGGCCACCUUCGCCGGGUCGCAGUACACGCUCAACCUCACCGACAACAUGGGCAGCAUCCGGGUGAAGUCCAUGUGGUCCAACCCCAAGAUCAUUUCCCUUUUCCGUUUUGCAAAAUUCUCUUUCCGUUUCCAUAUUUGUGUUCCUUUCCCGUUUCCGCGGGAAAGCCAGAAACUUUUGGCUCCACUUUCAUCCCUACUUGGCACCAGGGACCUUAGGCCCUCUCUAAGUGAGGGGAGUGUUGAGUGUAUAUGUGAAUGUGCAUUUUUUAUCGGUUUGAAUUUUUAG